CCGGGGACUCCCGGUGCUCCGCUCGCCUGGUGCGGGUCCUGGCACCCGCGUGCCGGGGCACGGCCGGCGCGGACGCCCAACUUUGUUGCUCUCUUUGCCAACUCCGGGGCGGCCGGGGCGCCGAGGAUGCGGCGUAGUGAGCCCUGAGCGCAGCGCACGCGGGACCCGCGCGGCGACCGGGGAUGCUGGCGGCGGGUGCGAUGGACGGGCCCCGGCAGAGCGCCUUCCUGCUCGGCAGCCCGCCGCUCGCCGCGCUGCACAGCAUGGCCGAGAUGAAGGCGCCGCUCUACCCCGCCGCCUACGCGCCGCUGCCCGCCGGGCCGCCCUCGUCCUCGUCCUCCUCGUCGUCGUCCUCGUCGCCGUCCCCGCCACUGGGCGCGCACAACCCCGGCGGCCUGAAGCCCCCGGCGGCCAGCGGGCUCUCGUCGCUGGGCAGCGCCCCGCAGCAGCUCUCGGCCGCCACGCCGCACGGCAUCAACGACAUCCUGAGCCGGCCCUCCAUGCCGGUGGCCGCGGGGACCGCGCUGCCUUCCGCCUCCCCCUCCGGCUCCUCGUCCUCCUCGUCCUCGUCCGCCUCGGCCUCGUCCGCCUCUGCGGCCGCCGCCGCUGCUGCCGCGGCUGCCGCAGCCGCGUCGUCCCCGGCGGGGCUGCUGGCCGGCCUGCCCCGCUUCGGCAGCCUCAGCCCGCCGCCGCCGCCGCCCGGGCUCUACUUCAGCCCCAGCGCCGCGGCCGUGGCCGCCGUGGGCCGCUACCCCAAGCCUCUGGCCGAGCUGCCCGGCCGGACGCCCAUCUUCUGGCCCGGCGUGAUGCAGAGCCCGCCCUGGAGGGACGCGCGCCUGGCCUGCACCCCGCAUCAAGGAUCUAUCUUGUUGGACAAAGACGGGAAGAGAAAACACACUAGACCCACGUUCUCUGGUCAGCAGAUCUUCGCCCUGGAGAAGACGUUUGAACAGACGAAGUACUUGGCGGGGCCCGAGAGAGCGCGCUUGGCCUAUUCGCUGGGCAUGACUGAGAGUCAGGUCAAGGUCUGGUUCCAGAACCGCAGGACCAAGUGGAGGAAGAAGCACGCGGCCGAGAUGGCCACUGCCAAGAAGAAGCAGGACUCGGAGACCGAGCGGCUCAAGGGCGCCUCGGAGAACGAGGAGGAGGACGACGACUACAACAAGCCCCUGGACCCCAACUCGGACGACGAGAAGAUCACGCAGCUGCUGAAGAAGCACAAGCCGGGCGGCGGGCUCCUGCUGCACGCGUCCGAGGCCGAGGGCGCGUCCUGAGCGCGGCCCGGGCUGCGGAGAUGUACAUAUCUAUUUUUCUAACCCAGAAGUGUGGCGGGAGGAGGGACCGGAGCGAGACUCGGGGUGGACGAGGAGGCGGAGGCCACACGGUGCACUGCUGCAAGGACGCAGCCGGGGUCCCCACACGCGUCCGCGGGCGCCUGGCUCUCCGUCCCCUGCAGUCCCCGGGGCCGGGGAAGGGCGGACCCCACGGCGGGGGGACCUCCAGCCACACACAUGCAAUCCUCCCGGCCGCACAGGCCGGCUGCCCCAGCUCGCUGCUGUGCGACUAGAGCGACCUGUUGAAGGCUCUGUAAAUAAAACGUGAGUCACACUGACUAGAAGUUACUUUAUUGUGAAUAUUUACAAUGUAAAAAUGCUUUUUUUGAAUUUGGUAUAAAAAGAUGGAUCUCCUCCUUCCUUCCAAGCCCGCCUUUUGAAGUCCUAUCCCUGCGACCACUUCCCCUUUUAUUUGAAACUUAAUUUGGGAAUUGCAGGAAUGUGCUCGUCGUCCCCGACGCCCUCCGGUCGCUCCUCUCCCUUUGGAGUUGCUGAGCCUCAGUUUCCCUUUUUGCCUCCAGGUUCCGCCCCACUCCCCCGGCCCCGGGCCCCGCCCUGAGGACUUGAAGCAGAAGAUGUGGGAACCGGGGGAUCUCACAUCUGCCCCUCUGGUCCCCUCUGAAAUUGCACAGUCGUUUGUUGCUAUUUAUUAGUGAUUUAAAGAAAGGCUUGGGGAGGGAGGGGCCACAAUAGCUUGUGUUUAACUCCUUUCUGAUAAAAAUGCGUGUUAAAGUAGAUGGUGGGGAUUGUUACAGCCGCUCCGGGUCAGAACAUAAAAAUCCAUUUAGUUGCUGUAAUUGAAUUUGAAGUGUUUUGUAUCAUAAGAAUACUAUAGAAUAUGUAAAUUGUUUUCUUUUUUAAGCUAAUAACGGUGAUACAUUAGCAUCUUUAACCUUUAUUAAUUUAUAUAAGGAAUUCGGUUUGUAAAGAGAAGAAAGCCCCUUUGCAAGACCAGUUAAAUGUAAUGCACUUUCUGUUUCAAAGGAUAAAUCAAAUUAAACAGUUUGAAGACGUCUGUUGCCUUGAGUGGAAGGGUACAGAUCAUCUGAUCUCAUCAGAGAUCUCAAACAAUAAAAGAAAA